AUGCUGGAUUUGCAAAAAUGCGCGGCCCAGGACCGGGUCGCGGCGGCGAUCGAGCACAAGCGCCAGAUCGAGGAGGCCAGGAGGACCCGCAUCUUCAACCCUCGCGUUCGCACCAUCGGGGUGGACAAGGAGUUCCUGGACCGACAAGUGGAGGAGAAGAAACGCCUGCGGGACCUGGAGCGCGAGCACGAGAGCCGCAUGGACGAGGCCUUGGUGCGCAGCAGCAAACUCGCCAGUUUACUUCAACGCCAGCAGGAUCAAGAGAGGAGGCGACUGAACCAAGAGAUCAACGCGUUCCGCCAGACGCACCAGAAGCCCGAGUCCCGCCGAGACUUUGACCUCGACGACCCGGCCCUGCUCAAAAAGUCCAAGCCCCUCGCGGAGGCUUACCACGAGCUGGGGCCCUCCUCGGCGCAAAAGUUCGAGGGCGAGGACGAGAACCAGGCGGUCCGGCGCCGCGAGCAGCGCGAGCAGAUGCAGGCCUGGAUUGCCCAGCAGGUGCAGGAGCGCCGGCUGGCCGAGCAGGAGCGCGCCGAGCUCGAGCGCAGGUACCAGGAGGCGGUGCUCGGCAGGGACGGCCGCGCCCUGGAGCUCGACCGGAUGGAACGGGCGUGCCGGCGCAGGCUCAACGAGGCCACCGCCAACUUCAACCGAGCCCUCGCGGCGGAGCAGGAGCAGCGCAAGUGUUGGCUGGCGGCCCAGGAGGCCGAGGACAGCAGGGCGGAGAUAUACAACCACGUGACGGGGGAUUUCCUGAACGAGUCGAGGGACCAGGCGAACAGCGUCUGCGGACCUCAGCGGCCACUGGUCGCCCACUACAAGGGCAUGAGCUCGCGGGAGCUGGAGGUCAUUCGCGACGAGCAAGCCAGGCAAAUGGGGGAAAUACAGCGCAUGAAGAAGGACGAGACCGUGAAAAAUGCGGAGUGGAAUCAGUUGAUAAACGGAAACGCCAGAGUGGCAGAGUCUUAUCAGCGCGAACUGGAUCGAAGGAGAUCUGAGUUGAACAGGCAGAUUGCCGAGGAGAACCGGCGACUGGCGCAGCAGCAGAAAUCGCAUCAAGACUAUUUGAAUCGUCACGUAUACAAGCACAAUCCGAGCCCGGAGUUUUACGAGCAGUUUAAUAGGAGCACGCGAUGAGUGGAUGUAUUGUAUUGUAUACACAAUUUUGAGGAAAAAUUCAAG